GUCCCAGCUGGUGAGUGAGUCUGCAACAAGCCAGUUUGUCUUUCUGCGUGCACGCACGCUGCCAGUGGCGCAUGGCAUGCCGGGACUCAUUCUCGUUCUCUGGUUUCGACUGUAAGGAUUUACCACCUGGAUUAUAAUUCUUAAUUUUGAUGUAAUUUUUUUUUGGGGGUCAUUCGCUUACCUGGAGAAACCACGCGCAACAUGUCCGGGACCCCGCAGGACGUGAGCAAGCUCACCGAACUAACUUACAAGAAUGUGAUGGACCAGUUCAACCCCAGCCUGAGGAACCUGGUCAACUUGGGGAAGAACUAUGAGAAGUCAGUCACAGGGAUGACUAUCGCAGGAAUGGCCUACUUUGAUGCCAUCACAAAAAUUGGAGAGAACGCUACGUUGUCUCCAGUAUCCCGGGAACUUGGUAUGGUUCUGAUGGAGAUUGCCGAUGUCCACAAAAAGGUCCAUUUUGAGCUGGAGCAAAAUUUCAAGCGAUUCCACCGAGAAGUUCUUGCAGAGCUGGAAAAGAAGACAGAAAUGGAUGUGAAGUAUAUGAAUGCUACAUUCAAGCGCUACCAGUCAGAACACAAGUCGAAGCAGGAAUCCCUGGACCGCUCGCAGACUGACUUGAAGAAGCUGAGGAGGAAGAGCCAGGGCAAGAACGUGUCCAAGUACGAGAUGAAGGAGAACGAGUACAUGGAGACCAUCUCGUCGCGCCAGAUGGACAUGCAAAAGUUCAUCGCCGACGGCUGCAGAGAGGCCCUGCUGGAAGAAAAGCGCCGCUUCUGUUUCCUGGCCGACAAACACUGCAUGUUCUCUUAUCACAUUAGCAACUAUCACGACAAAGCAAAAGAGAUGCUGAACGAGAAGCUCCCCGGCUGGCAGGAGGUGUGCUGCGACGUCAGCAAGGUGCCGGACACGGUCAAGCACAUGAUAGACGGACUUUCCAUCCAUCCAGAGCAAUCGCUGCUUGCUCAACGCUACAAUAGGAACAGCGUUGAGUCCAUGGUGCCGCCCCCUGCGCCCCCACUGAAGGCGCACACGAGCCCACUCGCAAACAUGUUCAACCCCGAGCCAAGAUCUCCAAUCACCUCCUCUUUAGAGAAUCACUCAGACCAGGGCAGCCUCAGCGAGGACAGUCCAUCCCGGUCGACUUCUGAGAUUUCGGGUCUCCAGAUGACUAAAAAGUCUCGGGUCAGGACCAUCUUUCCUCACUCUGCGGGAAACAACGGCACCCUCCUCAGCUUUGAUGAGGGUGAUGUGAUCAUCAUGCUCGUGAAGGAAGAGAAGGACGGGUGGCUUUAUGGCGAGCUAGAGAAGACUGGGCAGCGCGGUUGGUUCCCCUCGUCCUACUGCAGACCUUUCUCUGAGACUCUCACAUCAAAUAGCAGCAAUUUGGGAUCACCAGCGCGAGGUCCGAGUGUCACCAGCCUACCCGAGCUGGAUGAGGACGAGCCCGUGUUGCUACCGCCAGCAGACUAUUCGGACAAAUCCCCCUCAAGCACGGUUGUACGGUCAAUGCAGUCGCCGCAGAAUAUGGUUUCUUUAGAAAACGGGACAGCAAGGGUUCCUUUUCUAGGAGGAGGAAAUCCCUUCGCAACGGUCAAGCUGAGACCUACCGUCACCAAUGAUCGAUCAGCACCUGUCCUCUAAACACAAAACAGUUCGGGGGAAUCAUGCUAGCCCUGCCACCCAACCAAAAAACUGUACCCUCACUGGACGUCUCACUAUUUUGGGAUCCAAACAAGGGAUCCAAAAAUAAAUCCAUGUUACCGUGCCACAGUACGGACAUAUAAUCCCAAGUGUCAUGUUUAUGCAUCUGUGGCACAUGCAUCCAGUCUGUGUUCAUGUCAAGUAAUUCCAAAUAAUUCUCAUCAUGAAUGCAGCUGGAUUUAAUUGCAAACACCCAAAUACAAAGAUGUCUCAGACCACUGAAUGAGAGAAAAACAGUUUGAACGUGUUAGAAUUAAGGUCCAAAUAUCUUGUGUCCUCCAGCCGAAAGUUUCGAAACAUAAGUUUUAACAUUAGCUGUUUCUUUAUGUGCCAAUUUUUUUAAGAUAAUCUCUGUCGUCAUGUAUGUCAAAUAAAAAACAUUUUAACUACCGGUUACAGGAAGAAUAUGUCUGUGCAGAACAAAUUGAGGACACGCAUUAUCCCAAAGCUUUUUAUUGUUUGUGCUGCAGUUACUGCAGUGAUAAAUGCAUUUGUUUUGCCAUGUUCCUGACGAGACUGCCUCGCAACCAGACUGUCUUCCUGACUUACUGAAAAAGACAGAUGCAUAUACAGUACAAAGAAAACAUUCACAUUUCUAUUUUUUAAUAUAUUCAGUUGUCUUUUUUUUUUUUUUUUAAGAGCUGUGAUGUUAUGCAGAGGUUGUGAGAAUGAAGGGAGCGUGCUGUGUUGAUUAUAAGGAUUUGUUAUUUGAGAGCCAGCAAUGAAGUACGUCACUAUCCGAAAUAAGCGUUUAUAUUCAUAAGCAGGAUGUUUAUAGGAGAUAUUUAAAUUGUACAGCAUAUGUCCAUGAUGUGCUCCCACCAAGCUAGGCUUUGGUUUGACUGCCAGUGUUUUAAAUGGAUACCAUUUUGAUGAAGGGAAUAUUUUUCACGCUUCCUGAUUUUGGCAGGUGUGCAGAUUAUGCAAUAUGCUGUUGACGUUCCUCACUGGUUGACAUUUACGUUGUCUGUUAAUAUGACAGGUCACAAUUUUGAAAUACAUUAAGUAGAUUUUGUGAGGAGCUCCAAUGUUUUUGGACACGUAUUUGAUUUACAGAAUGUGUAUUGUAUGAUGGAGAAGUGAUCAUUCUCAGUUAUUCCUCAGUGCCUCCUUAAGUGUAUCUUGCCAUUGUGUUCACGAUGCCUUUUUUUUCCUUAAUAAAACGUGAUACAGUUUA